ACUUACUACUGUAACAGUCUACCUAAGCGCAACCGACGACAAAGAUGUGGAAGAUUCUGCUCUUCAUCGCAGCGGUGUUUGCCUGGCCGGGAUCGGCACAAGGUCAAAAUAUCGCUCUAAACAAGCCAGCGAACCAAACAAGCACCGCUAGGAAUGCACCUGCCGGCCUUGCCGUAGACGGGAACCUGAAUACUGACUUCUCGGCUGGUUCCUGUUCACUCACUUCAACAGAGGAUAACCCAAGCUGGUGGGUGGAUCUUGGUCAAACCCAUAUAAUUGACAGAGUGGACAUCUACAACCGCCAGGACAACUAUUGGGAUCGAAUCAACCACUUCAACAUCCACAUCGGGGAUUCCCCGGUUGUCAGCGAGAACCACAAGUGUGGAAUGGAUUGGCAAUUCCAGCCGAACCAGCCGUCCAUUUCCGUCUCCUGUUACGGCAUGCGGGGACGGUACGUGGGAGUUCGUCUUCCCGGACCCCGCAGAACACUGACGCUCUGUGAAGUCCAGAUGUCUGGGGGCCUGCAAAUACAAUACCUGCACUUAUUCCAGACAUCAAUGACUGUUCGGCCUCUCUUUGCGUACACGGCACCUGUUCUGAUGGUUUGGGGACCUACACCUGUACCUGCGAUCCGGGCUGGACAGGGCACAACUGUGAUCAAGACAUCGAUGAGUGCGCUUCCUCCCCAUGUGUUCACGGAGUCUGUACUAAUGGUCCGGCGACCUACACCUGUAGCUGUGAGAACUCCUGGACAGGACCCAACUGUGAUCAGGAUGUUGACUACUGCCACCCAAACCCCUGUGACCAUGGCCUUGUCUGCCAAAACGCGGGGGAUCACUACCACUGCGGUCUCUCACUAG